AUGGUGCUGCUUAGGGAUAUUUUGAAUCAGGAUACGUCAGAGAACAACAUUAGCAAGACACCACCGCCUGCCGUCGGUGCCGGAGACUUCAAGAAAAGAAGUGCUAGUUUGCCUUCUCCAAAUUUUAGUGGAACUUCAUCAAGUAAUGGUAACAGUGAUUCAGAGGAUGAUGGUUCUAAAUGUAGAUUGAGUGUACCUUCGUCCUCGUCACGUGUAGAAACGCCGCAAAGUAGCACCCCAUCAAGUACAGAAGAAGAACAGUUUUUCUGCAAAUGGGAUCAAUGUGGUAAAAUGUUUAACCAACCUGAGUUGUUGUACCAUCAUUUGUGUCAGGACCAUGUGGGUCGUAAAUCUCAGAGAAAUUUACAAUUGGCCUGCAAGUGGGAAGAAUGUAACGUCAAAACCGAGAAAAGAGAUCACAUUACCUCCCAUCUAAGAGUCCAUGUGCCUUUAAAGCCAUUUGAUUGUUAUAGAUGUGGUAAGAAAUUCAAAAGACCUCAAGAUUUGAAAAAACAUUUGAAAGUGCAUGCAGAAUCUCACCUUGUCGUAAAGAAGAGGAGAGGACCUAAAUUGGGAUCCAAAAGGGUCCAAAAGAAACAAAAGGAGGAGCCUGAAGUGGCUAGAAGUAAAUUCUCUUCUGCAAGUAGUUCCAUUUCUUCACCUUCACCAACUCCCGAUAAGAGCUAUUCAUUACCAACGUUACCCCGCGUAUCUUUCCAACAAUUGAUAAGUAAUGAGAUUCCAUCUUAUGAACCAGUUUACACUCAACAAUUAGGUGCAAAGUUGAGAACAGUUCUACCUUCAUUGGGCGAAGAAGAAAGUUUACCAAGAUCACCACCAGUGGCUACCCAGAAUGCAGCUGGAUUUUUCACUACUUUGUCGAAAAAUAUGUCUUCCUCAUUACCCAACCAAUAUUCUACUGUUAAACAACCUGUAAUAACUACUCCAAUUGCUCCUGCUGUACAGCCAGGCUAUAAGCCUUCUAGUUACCCAAAAGUUUAUCAGUUACCACCAAUUGGUCCACCUCCAAUCGAUGCUCCAUCAGAAAGAGUUUCUCCAGCUGCUUCAUUACCUUCAUUGAGUUCUGCUCCGAUAUUGAACUCAAGAUACAAUAGUUUUGGAAGAUUACCACAUUUUAACGCGCUAGGACAGCAUUUCAGUUCAAAUCAGAAGAACAACGGUUCAGAAAGCACAGAAGAGGACGAUCUACUUGAACAAAUAUCAUCAUUACGUGUGGGUGAUGAUGAUUAUGAGGAUGAUGGGGAUGAUGAUGAAUCGCAAGAUAUUUUUGAAUCUCUCGAAAUUGUCAAUAUCAUCAGAGACUACCUGUUGUGUUCCCUAUUGGAACAAGAAUUUGAAGAUGGUAAUGUGGAACAAGAACUCGAUCAAAAAGACUUUUCGAAAGUAUCAGAUACUCACAAUUUGUCAAGAUACCCACAAGUCGUCAUCUAA